GACGGGAUCUACACUAAUCUUUUUGCAAGCGAAUUCUGAUUCCUGACUCAGAAAUGUAAAGGAAGAUCCAGGUUAACCUGCAGCUGAAAGGAUUAUUCAAUUGGUUUUCAGCUGCUUAUGCUUCAAUAAUGUGAGACAUAAGAUGAUUGCAAGUUCAAAGGAAGCAGAUUUUCCCACCAAACAAGAAGGCAACAUAAAUGAUACCGAGGUCAGUAAAGGUCCAUCUAGUUCUUUGCCAUGGUUGAGAUUGAAGGAUCAGCGAAUUGUACGUGUUUCGCGUGCCUUUGGGGGAAAAGACAGGCAUAGUAAAGUUUGCACCAUUAGAGGAUUAAGAGACAGAAGGGUGAGGCUCUCGGUACCUACUGCUAUUCAAUUGUAUGAUCUUCAAGACAGGCUUGGACUUAAUCAGCCUAGCAAGGUUGUUGAUUGGUUGCUUAAUGCAGCUAAACAUGAAAUUGAUGAACUCCCUCCACUCCCAGUACCACCAGGGUACUUUUCCCUUAACCAUCAAAUGGUUCUAAGUACUUCUCAAGAAGCUAGAGCUUCCCAAUCCAACAAAGAAGGGCUUAAAACCAGUACUAGUGUUAAUUGGGAAGAUCCUGCAGGAGGGUUAUCAAGAUCAAGCUUUUGGAGUUCUGACGCUUUUUGGAGGGCUAAAUCCAAAGACGUUUCAUGGGAAACAACAACCAAUGAGAAAGACAAUUGGAACAAAAGAAAUGAACAGGAAAAACAAGAAGCCAGUGAAGGUCAUCAUGGAGCACAAGUACCUUCGGAUAAUAUCUUACAAAGAGCCAAUCGUUCUUCCUUGCCAGCAUUGUUAAACAAUGCAGAGCCGUAUGGUUCUUACUAUCAUUUUGAUCCUUCUAAUUUUCCUUUAUCACAGUUAGGAAGCCAUGGAUUUGCAUCCCACACAGAAGAACGACAUAAUUUCAAUGUUGUGCCAUUGCCAUCAACAUUAUCUCUAUCGUCUGGCUCUCAAAUAUUGGUAUGUCCACCAGGAGCAACACAGCCUUUCUUCCCUCCUCAGACCACAGCCUCUCUAGAGAUUGAUCCUAGACAACAAGUUAAUCAUUUCCAAAUGCUGAGCUCAGGUGCACAAAGCCUCUUGCCUAAUUCUCUUAACCCUCCAGCUGCAGCAUACUCAAUAAGCCAAUCUAUCAGACCCUUUCAUUUGAGUAUGAUUCCUAGGCUUCACAAUUCUCACAACAGCAGUGGAAAUCAACAAGAUAAGGAGCAGGACUUUCCUUCUAAAUGACAAGAAAGCAAUGUAAUGAGGAAUGAAGUGAGGAAUUUCCCUUUGGAAUAACUUGCACGGUGCAUGACUAAAACCAUUUUGCCUGAGGCGAAGGGAAAAGGUACUGUUUGAAUCUAUUUACAUAAUUUCAAGGCAUUCUUCUUCCUGGAAGUGAUAUGUAGACGAAUUAAGUUAUAAUUACUGGGAUAGCAAUUAAUGUUUUAUGUUUGAUUUCAUAAUUUUGUUUCUUUGGAUGAUUGGCAAGUCAGAUCUUCAUAGAUUUGAAUGCCAUGCUAAAAAUAUUUGAAAUAUAUUUGAUGCUAUGUGACUAGUUUGAUAUAUCCUAGUGAAAUAUCACAACACCGAAAAGUGUUCAUAUAUAGUUCUUAAAUUUUUCAGCUGAAAGAAUGACCAUAGUAUUGCUAGAGUAAUAUCAAUGAAAUGCUACAAAGUUAUGUUGCAUUGGUUCUGAAAUUUGGUUAUGUGCACAACAUGUGACAAGCAUAUAUAACAAUUUGUGCUCAGAGAUAUGGAAACUACCAACUCCUUUACCACCCUCUCCUUACACUCGUUUCUCCCAACUCCCACGCAAAAACCAAAGGAAGGAGAUAUGGAAACUGAGUAGGUGAGGUACAUACACUUCCCUUUUGAAAAAUAUGCUGUAGAAACUGAACCAUA